AUGCGGCGCUCCUGGCGCGUGUUGCGAGCAGCAGAACGUGGACCGUUUGACCCCUACCGUAUUCUGGGGCUCGCCCCCAAUGCCAGUAAGGAGGAGGUGAAGAAGGCAUACCAUCGACUGGCGCUGCGGUACCACCCGGACGGCGGCCCUGAAGGUAGCAAGGAGCGAUUUCAAGCGGUGAAUGAGGCCUACGAGGCGUUGAAGGACGGCAGGUGGCGGAAGCACGAUGCCGAUGGUGAAGGCCCCACGGGAGGCGGUGGACGUCACGGUUGGGACCCGAAAAUGGGAAUGUACGUGUACGAGCAGCCGGGGUCAACGACAGAAAACUAUGUCGAUAGCCGGACGCAGACGCUGCUCCGUUUGUGUGUAUUAUGGACGACUGCCUUUGUGGUUGUGCGUUUUUUCCUUCUCUGGGUAUUUCCUUUCGCGGGGAAUGCACCAACUGUUGAGUGGAUUGCUGACAGUGAUGGGAAUGGGGUUCGUGUUGCUUCAGCGACAGAUGGAAAUGGGAAAGGUGAUAUGGCUGGCACAUCAUCAAAUUCUGUUCACGCUAAUGAGGACGCUGAGUUUAUGCGAGCAUACAGUGCCCCUUUUUCGGUGGGCGCGUCUACUGGCGAUGACCCUUUGCGUAGGAGUUGA